GCGCCAGAAAGGAGGAAAAUGGUAUAAUAGAGAGAGGUUCGAGAAAUACAAACUCACGAGAAAAAAAUGAAGUCGAAACGGGCAGCGGUCAGGCAGUUCGGGCAGCUCUCCCUUCCCUCAUCUUUCCACUCGAAUUCCAUCCCCAGGUUUUUAUGUUCCAAGGAUAGGAAAGAUGAUACAUCAAGCAAACCCUUGACAUCAUGUAUAUCUCUCUCUGACUUCUUAGACCGAAAGCUUGAUAAAACUACGCAAAAAUUGAUUCAGGAGAAACAAAAGUCGUUUUCUACAGUCGCUAUUGGGCCUGUUAAUGAACAUAUGGGACUCAAACGAGAAGAAUCUGGGGCUGAUUUUUUUCUCAAUAGAGCUGUUUUUCAACAUUUUAAGCACAAGUUGAAUGAAGGAGAUUGCGUACGAUCAAGUGGUGGGGGUGAGCUUGGAGUAUUCGAGUUAGAAUUGACGGAGGAUAGGGAAGAUUUGAGGAAAAGAAAGAACCCAUUUGCAGUUUCUAGAGGUGGAGAUGAGAGAGAUUCCCAUCAAGGGCGCUUGGUUGUUCUUGGUGAUGAUCCAAAGCCCAAGCAAAGGGGGAGAGGAAACAUGUUUACAAGCAAGAGGCCAAAAAACCUCUUCAAUCACUAUGCAAAUGGAAGUGGCUGGUGGGACUGCAAUAUGGAGGGAGUUGACAGUGAAGAAGUUGGUUGCAGUGAGGCGUGGGAAGGAAUGGGGUCCACCACCUUGGGAGGAUUGGAAUGGCAUUAAUUUGGUUAACAGCUCUGUCCAAGUUCCCAUCAGAUUCCUACACAUUGUCCUGAAUUCUGUUUCUUUUGUAUCAAAUGAAAUCUGCAGAGCCCUCUUCUUCCAGUGGUUGGCUUGCAGUUUUAAAGUAUGUAGACUUGAAUGUAUGAUUGUGGGAUCAGUAAUGCAAACAACACUAAAGAAGUAAGGGGUCUUUUGGCAUCA